AGCCAACCUCUUCAUGAAUUGAAACCCUACUCAAGAUGGCCAGAACCUUCAAUCCUUCCAUGCAAAGGAGAAAUCCCUUGCACACUUGAGUUCUAACUCAAAGGUGUUUUCAGGGAUUGCAAACUUCAGCAAUAAUUUCAUUGAUGCGAAUUCUAGAAAGCCAAGCAGGAUCAACUCCUCCAACUUAGCGAAAGAGAAUGAUCAAAAUAGAGCAACUGAGCAUGGAAUGUACCAAAAGAAAGAAGCUGAAGAUCCCAGUCAAACCCAGGAGCCAAAUGAGAAGUUAUUUCAAAAGAAAAAGUCUAAGCGGGUUGCUAAAUCCAGACGCUCUAAGAGGACUAAAACUAUCCGAGGAGUUGAUAUUCCUAAGGGCCAGUUUUACCAUAAUCCUACAUCUGGCCCAAUGGGCCUAGCUGAGAAUAUGGACUUUAGGAAGCAGAAGGGUCUGUCACGCCAAGCUACUUUUGAUUCAAAGAAUAGUAAGGAAAAAUAAAAUUUCCACCAUUACAAACAAUGGCGAAUGUAAUGGAAAAGAGCUGAGGAUAGAGGGUCUCAUGGCCACUCAAAACUCUCUUAGUACUAAGAACUCUAUUGUGAACAGACCUUUAAAGAUUAGAAAUUCCGGAGUGAAGAGUGAGAUCAGUGAGAAUUCUGAUACAGGAAUUACGCUUAAAUAGCAAUAUUAUUCAUCAACCAUCAUUCAAAAAUGGAAACAUGAAGAGUACGAAUCAGCUGUGAGAGGCACAGAUCCUUCAAUCCCAGCUGCAAGGUUCUGAGAUUUCAGAUGAUACUAUUGAGGGAAUUGCUAUAAAUCCUACAAGAGUUAAGAGGAGACUACCAAAAAGCCCAAAAGCAAAUAAUGCUUCAAUUCCUUCUUCACAUAUAACCAAAAUUCGAUCGAACUCAAGCAAUGCUAUUCCAAGUCGUCCUGUGAGCGAUCAAGAAGUUAGUAGUGUGGCAAGUCAAGAAGGACCAAUUAUCCCAUCAGAAAAUAGGAAAAAUUAUGGUACAAAGACAAGAAGAACAGGUUUUAACAAAAACUACCACUCAGCACAACGCUCUACAAAGAGUUCUGGUCAUGGUCACUACCGCAUGAGUGAUUCUUCAGGAUUUCUAAAAGCAAUGAAGCUUAAUAAGAAUGAUAAAAGAAUGGGCCAUUUUAGCCAUAAUCAAAGAGCUAAUACACAAGGAAUUCAUCUACUACCAUCUACUAACAAGUUCUACCGAAACACUAAAAGAAUUGAUUUCUCUCGAAGAAUGCACAUGAUGGAUAGACCUCUGCUUAUCAUCACUUUCGAAGGAAUAAUCGGUGUGUUCCACAAAGAAAAUCUUUGGAAAGACAAAAAUUUCAAAAUGAUUACCAGAAGUGGUUCAGGCCCCGGCCUGAAGCUCUUCUGUAAUUACUUCCAAGUUGUGAUCUUCAUUAAGAAGAAUCUUAGGAAGAACACAGUGAAGAUUAAGGAAUGGCUGAAGGCAAAGAAGGUGCCAGUGGAUGGGAUUUAUGGGAAGAGAGAGGAGGGAAGUGAGAUUAGUGAGGAUUAUGCACAGAUUUAUAAUGAUUUUAUGCCCAGAGCGGGGUGUAAUUUGGAUGAUUCGAAGAAGAUCGCGAAGGGUAUAAUUCUUUUGAACUCUGUUGAUCAUGAUUCGUUGAAUAUUAGCUCGAAUCAUAUGCUAGAGAAGCUUAUUUUUAAGGGAUCACAGAAAGAAGGGUAUUCAAAUAAUAAUGCUGGUGCGAUCGCUUCUGGCUUUCCUUACACCAUCAGUUGCAACUCAACAGUCAAAAACGAGAGCAUUUCCAACAAUGAUAUCCAUCAGAAGCCAAAAUCAAUGCUGGACAUGCCUCUGACAAUUCUUUUUCCCCAUCUACUUACUGAGAAGGCUCAAGAGAUCUCGAUGACAACCAUUUUCAGGGUGAUUAUAUCAAUAGCCUUUCUUUCCUUAAAGAAAGAUUCUAAAGUCAGAGGAAACUAUGAUAAAAGAGUUUCCAGCGAAUGUACUGAGUCAUUCCAAAGAGAGUUCUGUGGCUUCGAUCUGACCAAUCUUUGUGAAAGCCACCAGAGUAAUAACUUCUUCAUCAAAGGUGAGAGAGGAGGCUCCUCGACUCAUGUGUCAGAUAGUGACACAAAAGUCACUAGACAGAAGGUUAAGCAAUCCGACUCUUUUAAUUACUCAUUCGAGGUUACCAACUCUGUGAAGGUAAACUCUUCUGAUGAUGAAACCUCAGGGCCUGACUCUUGCUCUAGUGUACAAACAUUGGGCCAUGAAAAACCUCAAUUCUCUGAUGUGCCAAGAAAAGGGAUGCAUGGGAUUAGCUCUUCACAGAACCUUAGAAUGAAGCAAGCUAAAAAUGCUCCCUUUAAAUCCCUUAACGAAUCACAUCUUUCGAAGGUGAAUUGGAUAAUUGGUUUCGAAGAAGCCAGCGCAAGGAAAAUCUAUGACUGCUUAUGGAUAAACACAGAGAAGAUAAAUGCCAUAGUAAAGCGGAAAUACAAGGAAUUGAUUCAGAUAUAUACACUCAAGGCUCAAAGAGAUAAGAAGAUUAAGCAAAUGGUGCCUAAGAAUGGAAUGACCUCAGAAUUGUACUUCAAAAAGAAAAAUAACCAGAUUUCAACAGUGGUUUCCUGCAUCCUGAAGGAUGCAGGUAUUAUUGGGAACCCAAUACAGAGCAUGAUGGCAAGGAAUAUCCGUCAUUUUGAAAACAUCAGCUAUCUUGAUUUCCAGAAGGAAGGAGAGCUUAAGAAAAGUGAGAAGAUUAAGCUUACCAAGGAACAAGAGGAACGAGAGAAAGCAGAGAAGGAAUAUAAAGAAGCAAAAUCAAUCCUUGCCCAAGCCUCUCGUUAUAAGCGUGUUAACAAUUUCAUACUUGCCUUUGGCUUUUCUGAGAACGCUUCAUUGCAAACCCGUAGUAUGCUGUUCACCAAGACAGAGAAUGAGAAAGAGGAAUUAGAGAAUGAUGAGGACUUUGACCUUAUAAAAUGGUUCUUUGGGGCAAAGAACACUCAAAGUUAAAGAAGUUUUAAGAAAUUUUAAAU